CUUCGCGAGUCGGAGCAGCACCGCCGCCGCCAUGUCUCUGCUCGUAGCCCACAGAGCGGCCGCCAGGCUCCUCGGCAGCAGCAAGAAUGCUACGUUCAUAGUAGUUGCUGCAAGGAAUACCAGCUCAUCCACUAAUCUGAAGGACGUUCUUGCAGAUCUCAUACCCAAAGAACAAACCCGCAUUAAAGCCUUCAAACAACAAUAUGGCAAAACCGUUAUUGGACAGAUCAACGUGGACAUGAUGUACGGAGGCAUGAGAGGAAUGAAGGGCCUGGUAUAUGAAACAUCAGUGCUGGACCCAGAUGAGGGUAUUCGUUUCCGUGGGUAUAGCAUACCAGAGUGUCAGAAGGUUUUACCUAAGGGCCCAGGUGGAGAUGAACCUCUUCCUGAAGGGCUCUUCUGGUUGCUUGUGACCGGACAAAUCCCCACUCCAGAACAGGUGGCCUGGCUGUCUACAGAAUGGGCAAAGCGUGCCGCGCUGCCCUCCCAUGUGGUCACCAUGCUGGACAACUUCCCCAACAACUUGCAUCCCAUGUCUCAGCUCAGUGCAGCCGUCACGGCACUCAACAGCGAGAGCAGCUUCGCUCGCGCCUACGCUGAGGGAGUCAACAAGGCCAAGUACUGGGAGUUUAUAUAUGAAGAUUCAAUGGAUCUGAUUGCUAAACUGCCCUGUGUGGCAGCUAAGAUCUAUCGGAACCUGUACAGAGAAGGCAGCAGUAUUGGAGCUAUUGAUUCUAAGCUGGAUUGGUCUCACAACUUUACUAACAUGCUGGGCUACACUGAACCACAGUUUACUGAGCUUAUGAGACUUUACCUCACUAUUCACAGUGAUCAUGAGGGUGGGAAUGUCAGUGCUCACACCAGCCAUCUCGUGGGUAGCGCUCUCUCCGACCCCUACCUGUGCUUUGGAGCUGCAAUGAACGGACUGGCUGGACCUCUUCAUGGACUUGCAAAUCAGGAAGUGCUGGUAUGGCUGACCAACCUUCAGAAGGAGCUCGGUGGAGAGGUGUCCGAUGAACAACUGAGGGAUUUCAUUUGGAACACACUGAAUUCUGGCAGAGUGGUUCCUGGUUACGGCCAUGCUGUUCUGAGGAAGACUGAUCCCCGCUACACCUGCCAGAGGGAGUUUGCCCUGAAACACCUGCCCAAUGACCCUUUGUUUAAGCUCGUCUCCCAACUCUACAAGAUUGUACCCAAAGUUCUCCUCGAUCAGGGCAAAGCCAAGAACCCGUGGCCCAACGUGGAUGCGCAUAGCGGUGUGUUAUUGCAGUAUUAUGGAAUGAAAGAAAUGAAUUACUACACGGUGUUGUUUGGCGUCUCCAGAGCGCUGGGCGUGUUGGCACAGCUUAUCUGGAGCCGAGCCUUAGGCUUCCCGUUGGAGAGACCCAAGUCCAUGAGCACUGACGGCCUCAUACAUCUGGUGGGAGACAAGUCUGGUUGAGCCGCCCUGGUUGAGGAAGUUAAUAUUAAAAACACAUCUGUGCUUAUACGCAUCCAGUGUAAAUGUUGCCACCUUGAGGCAAGUCGCUGAAAGUGGCCAUUCAGAAUAACCUGAUGAAUGAGAUGAUUUAUAUAUUUUUGUGUUUUGGGUUGAAAACUUGCAGAGUGAAAAGAAUUUAAUUUAAUUAUUAACAUUUCAAUUUUUUUUUAUGUGCCAGACGGUUUGUCCAUCAGGUUUGGACAGGUAAACACUCCUUGGGAAGAGACUAGACCGAUCUUUCUUUACCUUUAUUGUGGCUAUCUCCCUCCCCGCUGUACUCCAGCUACAGUAGAGCGUUGUAAAGCAAUUUGUUGUAAAUGUACUGAUCAUGUCUCAUAUGUCAGGUUGUUCUGAGUUAAAUAACGAAAUAAAUGUUUUUAUUAU